AUGCCUUUCAAUGAUAUCACCAAGCCCCCCGCUCCACUGCCGAGCCCGGUGCUCACAGCAGUCUCCCCUGGCGUGUCAUUGCUCCGACCACUGAGUCGGAGGGGGUCUGGGCCGGGCAUGAUCAUUCUUGCUCCAGAUUACGGAGAAUCACUGGCUAUUAUUGACGGAGUCCCAUCUCCACUCAUCAAAUGGGCAGAGGAAGGCUACACGGUUGUUGAGAUCAAAGCAGAGGCCCUGAGGUUAGCGGAUGGUGAUCUCAUCCGUACUGUUAUAGAAGCACUGUAUGGUUGCGAAGUGUGUGAGCCGAAGGAUAAGAUUGGUUUGGCAGCUUAUGAUCCUGAGCUGUGGAAUAUCGUGGCUCCGACGCUGUCAAAUCAUCCUUCCAUUGUCGUGGCUGCGAUUUAUGCAGAUGCAUCGACGGAAUUAUCCCCAGAAUCCAUCGCUGGCACGUCACUACCUGUGUUGCGGCACUUUGCGGGGAAACCAGCGGAGGGCUCUGCUCAGCCAGACAAGUCACACAACAUGAAGAAGUAUUACUAUGCCAAUGCCAGUUCAUAUAAGUUUGCAACCCCUUUUCAGGAGUCAUUCCACUACAACACCGAGGCGAUCUCACAUACUCGGAACCUCACGCUCUUCAAGAAAGAAAUGAACGGCCCGUAUUUCGACUUGGAGACAAUAUGGGAUGAGCAUACCUACUAUGAAUUUGCUGAUCGGUCCGUCGAGCAUACGAUGAGUACUAUGGUGCAGGAGCCCUAUGUCAAUCACGUCCCAACAAUGACUGGUGGCAUUGGCCGUGCAAAGCUCUCCCAUUUUUAUCAGCACAAUUUUAUCUUCAACAACUCCGCAGAUUCUGAGCUUGAGCUGACCAGCCGGACCGUUGGCAUCGACCGCGUUAUUGACGAGUUCAUAUUUAAAUUCACUCAUGAUCAAAUGAUCGACUGGAUUCUCCCAGGCGUUCCGCCCACGAACAAGAGGGUCGAGGUGCCUUUCACGGCUGUGGUGAACGUUCGAGGUGAUAGACUGUAUCACGAGCACAUUGCGUGGGACCAAGGCAGCGUUUUGAGGCAACUCGGUCUCCUGCCCGAAUACCUCCCAUUCCCGUACCCACUGCCUGAAGGGAGCGGCCCAGCGGCCGGCCGGCAAGUGGAAUACCGCGUGCCAGUUGCCGGUAUAGAAACAGCGAACAAGAUGCGAGAUAGGAAUGGCGGCCCCUCGAACGAGAUGUUCGACUUCAAGAUUCGGGAGGUCUGA